AUGGCAGGCGAAGAUGGCGGUGUGGUUAAUGCAGUCACUUUGGGGAGAGAUAAUGUACAGGCAUCUAGUGAUUUGACAAAAGAAUUAGGUGUGAAUGGUAUAGAACAAGGUACAUGUCGUGCAGAUGAUGUAGCUAAGACGUGCAGUUCCAAAGAGCCGAUAGUGGGAAACCAUGUACACAACCCAUUUGCAGCACACACGCAAGUUGCAGGCAGUCAUGACAAUGAUGUUGUGAAUACCUCCAACGGAUUAUCGAGUAGGGCAGGUGUGCUGCGUGGCGACAAUGUAUUUGCACCAGACCCCAAACAACCGGGACAUGUACGUACACUCACUGAUACCUUUGCCAGACACGUGCUUACAUGCGAUGAAUCAUAUCCGAUUGAAGUUGUAUCGCGCGUGCGACAAGAAGAGCACGCCCGUGCUAUAGAUACGCACAAUCCCACUGUGGCCUCCGAUGCUUGGCUGCUGAUGGAGAUGAACGAGUGGGGGUUUGGUGAUGACACGAUUGCGAAUGCGAAUGGGAUUGAUGUAGUGGAACGUAUGGAGGGAGCCAAUGCGGAACAGUACAACCCACACAUGCAAGUAGAUGAACACAAUGUACACACUCAAGUAUAUGACCACGGAACAUACACGAAAGUGGAUGAACUCAGCACUCACAUGCAAGGAGAUGAUAACAAUACACACACGCAAGUAGAUGACCACGUAACACACACGAGAGUAGAUGAUCACAAUACACACGUGCAACUAGAUGUACUCAGCACACACACGCAAGUAGAUGAACUCGGCACACACGCACAAAUGGAUGAUCACAACACAAGCACGAAAUUCACUGACCAGGAAGAUGGUACGAUAGUAUAUGAACAGGAGAGUGAUACGACUUUAGAACAGCCAAACUUAGACACAGGUACGCACACUAUCACCGAGCCUCAGCACCAGUUACCACUAGUUGAGCAUGGCCCAAUCUCUGCAGUGCACAUUGCACCCACACCCACACCCUGUGACAGUGUAGGGCUACCCCAUACACAUACACAGCCACACCGCACACCCAUGCAGGAGGUCAGGCUGUCGACUGCAGACACCCCACAAGCUGUCGCCAAUGCAGUUGCACUCAGUCCGUUGGACGGCGAGACAUACGCACAGGAGCCGCUGAGUGCGCAGAGUGCAGUUACUAGCACAGUGGUUGGUACUACGAGCCCUGUGUUAGAGACAGAAACAGCCAGACAGGAGCCUCUGAGUGCGCAGAGUGCAGUUACCAGCACAGUGGUUGGUACUACGAGCCUUGUGUUAAGGAUAGUGACAGCCACACAGGAGCCUCUGGGUGCGCAGAGUGCAGUUACUAGCACAGUGGUUGGUACUACGAGCCCUGUGUUAAGGACAGAGACAGCCACACAGGAGCCUCUGAGUGCACAGAGUGCAGUUACCAGCACAGUGGCUGGUACUACGAACCCUGUGUUAAGGACCGAGACAGCCACACAGGGUGCUGAGGGUGUGGAUGGCGAUGUGGUGUCCACUGGUGCCACUGUUGCGGUGCAGCAGACACGUGCACGUGUACAGAAUGGGAUGGACGUCGAUGCAGCAAACGUAACUGUGCACGCGACGCAUCCGCGGCUGGCUGGUACGUUACAAGCAGGCAGAGAGCCCCAGAAUGAGAUACGGGGAGAAGUAUUGGAAGGUAUACAGGACACCCCUUUAGUAUCAGAGAAGGCGGAACGGUUUGUUCAUGGAGCUCGAAUAGAUACGCAAGUGUCUAGUUUAGUAGAAACAACAAAGGACGUGCCUAUGACUAAACACGGGAUGGACGCCGGUGUGACGAACGCAGCUGCACAGCCGAAUUUAUCGCACAUGGCUGGUACGUUACAAGCAAGUGGAGAGUCCCCGAAUGAGAUACAUAGAGAAGUAUUGGAAUGUGCACAGGAUGAUCCAGCAUUGUCAGAGAAGGUGCCACGGGAGACGCAGGCACCACCAAUAGACAUGCAACCGUCUGGUGUAUUGAAUAUAACAAACCACAUACCUGUGCCUGACCAUGGGAUGUCAUCACCAGCCACAGCAGGCGGUGUGCAAAUGGGAGCGGCAGACGAUGGGUCGAACGGCCGAUGUACAUUGGCUGUAGAAGGAGUGGGUAAUGGGGUAACACCGAUUACGUCUGCGUUAGAUAAGCCCACAUCAAACACGCUCACGCCGAAUAAUCUCGCGCCAAAUAAUGCCGCGGCGAAUAAUUUGGCGCCGAACAAUCUCGCGCCGAAUAAGGAGGAGCAAGGCAUGGCGCCACAGGUCGCACAAAACGUUAUACAGCAGCACAUCCAGUUACAACAGCGCGCCACGCAACUGCAGCUCGAGCACAUGCCACACGCACGUGCACAGCAAAUGAAAACGCACACACGUGCACAGCAUAUGACCACACACACACGUUCACAGCAUAUGAACACACACACACGUGCACAGCGUAUGAACACACACCCACAACCGCACAUUAUGAACACACACAUACAGACUCAGAAGACGAACACACACGCACACGCACAGAAUAAGCACAGACUUCCCGGGAGAGUGCUGAAGCCAGGGCCGUAUGCAGUCGAGCACCAGCUGCCAGAGGGCAUCGUGGUGUCGUACCACUCCUCACACCACGUGCCUACCCCAGCACACCACGUGGACCCUUUGACAACGAGCUCACACCCCUCUGAAAAGCACGUGCGUGGUGGGGCAGGGGAGUCAUGUGACACCGAACACCGUGCGGCGAUGGAGAAGCAGCUCACAGGAGAACCAACUUCUACAUCGGUCGAAGUUGCUUCAUCUGUGGCAAAACCAGAAAUAGAAACUGAGAAACCGCCGUUACCGCACCCACAACCGCACCCGCAAUCGCAAUCGCACCCACACCAACAAAUCGUACCUGAUAGAAUAUAUACACACCCCACUGAGCAAGACGCUCACCAGGCGGCGACCACGCCUUCAGAAAAUUAUCAUGCGCCAAACAAGCUUUCAGUGGAUGAGCAUGCGCCAAAUAAGCUUCCAAUGGAAAAUCAUGCGCCAAAUAAGCUUCCAGUGGAUUAUUCUGUGCCGAAUAAGCCUUUAGUGGAUUAUCACGCGCCAAAUAGGCCUUCAGUGGAGGAGUAUGCGGCAAACAGUCCUACAGUUGGAAGUAAUACACCGGAUACUCCUGCACUAGUUACCACAUCAGAGAACUCACAUGGACACACUGAGCUGUGGAAAGGCGGCGCAACUUCACCCGUACAGAUGGAUACGGAGCCCCGUAUAGGAUACCGUAGUACCGAACCGGUAAAGGUAAACUUGGAGGGGAAUCCAUAUAGUGGAACAGACGCGCAACCCGGUAGAGAUAUCGCAAAUGCGAGGGAUGUCGCAAAUGGGAGGCGUAUUAUAUCUGGAAUGCCGUUGCCGAACAUGGGUCCGAACAUGGGUCCAGGAGGAGGCAAGAUGAGAUGGAGAGUGUUUAAAGGACAACCGCAGCACAUACUGAAGAUGCACAACCCAGCACAGCAGUACCGUACACAAGAAACACAGUCACAUACAGGACCAUACACCCACCGUGGAGAGUCCGAGGUAUACAAACUGGUGAGGCAGAAGUCGGGUAAGCUGGAGAUGCAGCGACAGGUGAUGGGUGUGGCACAGGACAGCGAAGCGACGGGUCAUGCGACACAGUCUAUGGCACCGGCUAUGCAGGCACCGCCAAUGGACAUGCCAGCUGAGCAUAGGGGCGUGAGUGCGGUAGAAACCCAGGCUACGGCACUGCCAACACACACAGAAUCCCGUGACAGGUCACAGGCGGCAGAGAUACCACCCCCAACACACGCUGGUGCAUAUGCACACUCAUACAGGCAUUCGACGGCACAUUUGGAAACACGUCCACACACACACGCACAGCCGUUGGAAGAGAUGGAGAUGCAGAAACGGUCACGGUUCGAGUCACACACACAAGCACCGGUGGUGACUAAACACUCUGGGUCACAACCACCAGCGGAAAAGCAAACACGCGCGGUAGCGCCAGCAGACAGGGACGCACACGCACAAGCAUAUACAGACGCACGCGCGCAAGCAUAUACAAACGCACAUUUUGAAGUACGUACACAAGCACAAGCACAUUCAGAGGCAUAUCAACUCUCGCUACGGCUGCAGGCAGAGUUACAACGGCAGAUAGAGGCUCAGAGUAUGUAUACGCAGGACCAUACACGCAGGAAUGAAGGGGCUGGGACAAGCUCACAGCUGCACGCAGAUCGCCUCAGGAAUGCUCGAGACCCCCGCCCAAGUGGUUACACACAGCACGCGGACGUGAACGGGCGGUAUAGGUAUGGUCACAUACCUACAGCAGCGGCUGACAACCACGCGCGCGCAGGGGUUACAGGGCAACGCGGUAUGUUCUCGCAGACACGCAAUAAGCCGCAGAAGCGAAAGGCGGUUGCUAUCACCGCACACACUCUGACGAAGACUAUCGACCGUGUUAAUGAACAGCUGGUGCUACAGGCGAUGCAAGAGAUAUCCCGUAAGCACGUACGUGCGGCAGUAUUCGAGGAGGUGGCCAUGUUGAAUCGCUCUAUAGCCGGCACAGACCCAGAUACCGCCGUGAGAGCUGAAGCCCAGACGGAAGGGUUGAGUUCUAUAAACCGAGCUCCGUCCUUCGCUGCCACAGCCUCUAAGUCACACGUUGCCUCUCGACCAAUCAAAAGGAUUAAAAUGUCCACUGACCAUGAUAUGAGCUCGGAACCAACAACCCGUAAAACGUUGCCUGAAGUCCUCACCAAUCCUAAACCCAAACUCAAACGGAAACCCAAAAAGAAGCAAUCGAAUGCUAAACCGAAAACCGCACCCAAUAAACCUACAUCUGAAGCCGAUAUCGAGCUAGAAACUGAGACAGAACCAGAACCUGAAUCUGAGCCAGACACCAGAGCUGCGUACAGGCCCCUUCCCUUGGCGUCUGCGGCGGCAUUGCAAAAAUUGGUACCUUUGUUAGAGGCUGAGCUUAUGGUGACAGUUGGUCCAGAUGGUCCGAUGUACGAUCUGCCCAUUGCUCUCCCCGUUGCCAUGGAGUAUCUCAACGACACUGCAAUCAUGGAUGUGGAUGACGAAGACCUAGCAAUUAUGCGAGAACUUGUGCUGUCGUACAGCGUUGCGUACUUUGACAUGCUGGAGUAA